GCGCGGCUCACUCUCAUUCGCCAUAACGCUCAAAAAUACAACACGCAAAUACCCGGCGUGUCCUCGACGGAGGCUGCAUGCGUGUUUCUUUGUGCUGAAAUCGACUGUGCUGCUGUAAACCGUAGGCUGAUCAGAAUAAGACUGCGAACAAAGAACGUGGCUCUGAGCCACGCGAACGCGAGUCAAUUCCACCUUAAAUGCAAUUUGCGUCUCUGGCGGCAGAGACCAUAGGCGCCAUCUUCGGUCCACCUUAAGCGCACAAUGUGGCAAACGAACGCAAGCGUACCAGCCAGGCUUCCGUCCUCAUUCUCCAGCCGGGGAUCGCACUUUGGCUUCCCAGCUUUGACACAGCGUCACUUGUGAAACAACAGAGAAGGAAAAAAAGACGCACUCGGGCCAAACCCCAUCCGCACCAGCAGGAGAAGAUGUCCGAGCCAAACAAGUACCGAGAGUGGAUCCUGGAAACAAUCGACUCUCUCCGCUCGAGAAAAGCCCGUCCGGAUCUGGAGAGGAUCUGUCGAAUGGUCCGGAGACGACACGGGUCAGACCCGGACCGAACCAGGACAGAACUGGAAAAACUGAUUCAAGAGCAGACGGUGCUCAAAGUUAGCUACAAGGGGUCCAUAUCGUACCGAAACGCAGCGAAGGUGCAGAGGAAAAGCAGAAAGAAGAGUGAGUUUACGGCCGCUGGCAGCAGCAGCAGCAGCGCGGAGGCAGCGAGGGAGCGGACCAAACACGAUCAUCUGAACAACAACGGCGACAGUGCGCACAGCUUCACGGACCAGGAGGAGGCAGAGGAGGACUCGGAGCCCAGCCCAGAUCUACACACUCAAACAUCAGGCAGCACCACCGGCAAAAAGCUCAAGCCUGCCUCCAGCCCGAGUAGCGGAAACGGGUGCCUCAGUUGUGGCGCAACAACGGGCUGUGCUGUCGGGAGCGGCUGUAAAGAGGAGAAAGCGAGUGCACCGAGAGACAAGGGAUUAGGACAGCAGGCGGCGGGGGACUGCCCGUCGCCCGGUUUCGGCCACAGGACAGGCGCACACAGCGGGGCUGACGGCAGCAGGACGGCUCAGAGCAAAGCCGAUGCAGUUAGCGCAGAAAAGGAGUGUGCUGUGUCCCGGGCUGACACGCAGAGCAAAACUUGCCCUGGGAGCGUCAGCAGUCUCCAUCAGAAUCAAAGGCAGAAGCAGUCUGUGCCCCUCAAGCCCAAACUUCGAGUCGGAGGAGGGAGCACCAAAACAACGGGGAACCACGCCAACUCGGACCUGGGCGACAGAUUAGUCGCUUCUGUUCGCAGCCUGUCCGAGAAGAGCCUCCGAGGGGGCUCAGCCGCCGUGACCAGAGGCCACAUGAAGCCGCUUGGGCUGAAGGAGAUCCUGGGCUAUCUGAGCAGCCAGGAACGACUGUCGGAGGAAAAGCUGACCCGAGGCAAAGUCAAAGUGGUCAUGGAGAGAGAGGUGGCGAGGGGCAGGCUGCGCAGGACCCGCUGCGGGAACAUUACUCUCCCUCUGAGAGGGGUGGUGGUAGAGGAACCGAUGCCGAAGAAUGCGUCCGCUGACAGACUUGCAAAGAGCGCACUGCAGGACAAACACGCUGUGAAAAAGCCGCCGUCACCCUCUCUCCAGGAGAAUGAGCCGAUGGAAACAGCCAGUGAAGAAGAGGAACGGGAAGACAAGGAGGAAGAAGAGGAGGAGGAUGAUACUCGGAGUUCUGAGGAGGAGGGAGGACUAUCCCCGGUAGCCAUGACAACCGAACCAGUGCUCAUUGAGAAAAUCAGAGAAGAUGCUGAGAUCCAGAAAGCAUCAAAGCAGGAGAGCCCCCAGCAGGAGCAGCAGGAGGGAGGCAAAGGUUUACCGGUGCUUGAUUUCCUCCCCGACACACCGGUUCAGGGAGCCUCGCAGUCACAGAGUAAUGGUCCAGUCAUGGAAGAGAGAGCUGGUUCCCUUGAUCAGAUACCAAUGGAGGUGCAAGUGAGUAAUCAGACACAGCAUGAUGGAAUAAACCACAGCUCCUCAGACUUUAACGAUUUGGAGUGUAAGACAGAGGUCGGUGUGUCGUCCUGCCUGCUAACACCCACAGCCUCCCCAAGAGACUCCAGCCGAUCUGAAGAACGAGGGAUAACCGUUAGCAGUGGAGUGCUCAUGAAGUCUGAGGGCGUCAAUGGGAGCCCAGUAAACUGGACAGUGUCAGAUGUUGUCAGUUAUUUCACAGCAGCGGGUUUCCCUGAACAGGCUGCUGCGUUCAGGACCCAGGAAAUCGAUGGAAAGUCACUUCUCCUCAUGCAGCGUAAUGAUGUUUUGACUGGCCUGUCAAUCAGACUUGGCCCCGCCCUCAAGAUCUAUGAACGUCAUGUAAAGGUUCUGCAGAAAACACACUUUGAGGAUGACGACUGCUAACAGCAUGAAUCAAAUACAAGCAGACUGUUAUGUUUGUAUCUACAUAUAGCUAACGUAGUAUAAAAAUGCAUGCAUGAUAUACAGUACAAUACACUUCACUUUUCAUCUCAUGUCACACAACACAUGCAAACACAGAAACACAGGUACGCACACACCGUUGUUUCUUAUCCUCCUGCCUCUUGACAUCAGAAAUGAGACUGGAUUUUCUAGACAACAAGGGUUUUCUAUCAGAGCACAAGUGUCGGAGGGAGGAAGUAGAGCAGAGAUUUUCAAACAACCAUGCAAUUUCUCCUUUAAGACAAACAAACAACAAUUAAGCACUUUGCAAUUGUACUGAUUAAACUGUGCAAAAUGUUUUUGUUUAAGCUGUCACUUCAUGCUGACUUUUAUGCACAUUUUGAAAGCGGCAUGUUUUUUUCUGGGACUUGGGGAAGGGGUCAUUUGCAUUUUUGGGCUAUGAUCUGAGAAUUUUCUUGUUGGUGUAUACCUUUCCUUCUACAAAUAGACAGAACAUGUUGAAAAGGACAGCAAAGAAAUUAGAGGUUGACCGGAUUUGAGACAUUCCCAAAGCUGAAAUAGGCUGAUGAUGGCUGGCAUGAUGAACCUUUAUAUUGUUCUCUAUGUUUAAAACAAAUUCUGUGCAGGGUUAUUGAAAUUGCUGGUUAAAGCAAUAAACUGACUAAGAUGUUUGAGGGGCGUUUGGACCAUGUCAGCUUGUCAGCUGGUUGAUUUUGUGUAACUUAAUAUCUCAUAUGGAAAAUGUAUUUUUUAAAUCUGCUUGGGGCUAUGCAUCACCACCUCAUAUGCUGGUUUUACAGAGAUACACUUUGAUAUUUGCUUUACAUCAGACUUUACUUCUUUAAUAGACACCUAAAAUCGCAUGUCACACAGAACUGUUUAACUAUCUUAUGUAGGUCCAAUUUUCUAGGAAUUAUGAGUAAGCUGAGAGCUUUUUUCCUAAACAAACUAAAUGGAUCGAUCUACUGGGAGUGAUCCACUCAUCAGUGAUGACUUACACAAAGAGUGUAAUUUUUAAGUGUAUUUAAAAGUGUUUAAGUGGAACUUCAGUUAUUGCGACAUCUUGGACCAGAGUUAAGAUGUUGUGAUUUCUUGAAGACAGUUCAUCCUCAAAUCCACUUUAAGGGAACUAUUUAGUACUUUAUUACUAAAAGAGAUAUUGCAGCUCAGCUGAGGGGGAUAAUAGUCACUCUCUUUGUAGUCACAUUGAUAAGAUUAAUGGGUGUAGCUCAGUAGAAAGAAAUUUGUUCCUAACAGAAACUGCUCACCCAAAAGCAAAGUGAUUGGAUUUUUUUUUUAUGUUAUUUUCACUGAGUCACUGCUGAGUUAUUCCAAACUAAUGUCAUUUAGACUCUGGACGCCUCCUCACUGAUUUUAGAUCAACAAAUCAAGACAUGAUUGAAGUGCAAGCUUUAACAAACAAAUUGGAAUAACAGCUAUUUUUGUACAUAGUCCUCAGUUUCCAGAGGCUAAAAAGUAAUUGGACAACUGACUGACAGGCACCUUCAUGGUGAUGCCGUUAUCUUCGUUAUUUCAUGACAAAGUGCAGAACAGAUAAAAUAUUUGUUGCUGAUUCCAAAUACCAAGCUUACAUUUGGUAGUUGUUCGCUGGAAUUCGCAUUAUGAGGUCCAAAGAAAACUGAAAUAUUAAUCAACCACUAAUUAAGUAUUUCUAAAGUGUACAAUCAAGAGACAUUUACAUGAAUGAAAAAAAGGGUUUACAACAAAGCUCAAACUGCUGGUUAUACAAGAACAAGAAGGGCAGAUUACAGCAGAAAGUAUCUAAAGGAGCCUGCACAGUUCUGAAGAAAUAUUGCAAAGAAUAACCAGAAUGAUGGCGACAGAAACAUACCAUACCACAUCAUCCAUCAAACAUGGUGCAGGCAUGUAAUGGUAUGGACAUGUGUGGCUGCCAACACAACUGGCCCUCUAGUGUUUAUUAAUAUUGCGAUUGCUGAUAGAAGUGGCAGAAUUAGUUCUAAAGUGUGCGAGGCAUUGAUCUCCGCUGAGUUCAGUUUCAGCCAAAAGUUCAAAACUGAUCCGAGAACCCUUCAGUUUGAAAAUGGAUAGUGACUCAAAGCGCAGGGCAAAAGCUGCCCAAGAGUUUCUUGAGGUAAAGAAAUGUGAUAUUCUUCAAUGGCUAAGACAGUCACCUGACAUGGUUUUAGUUAUUAAAUAUAGAAAUGGUGGCAGAAAGACCCACAAAGAGCAACUGAAGGAGCAACAGUAAAGUCCUGGAAGAGCAUCUAAAGGAGUAAAUGCAGCAUUUGAUGAUGUCAGUUUUCAUCAAAAAAACCAUCUCCGAUUUAUUUUGUUUUUUCAGGCUAAUGAUAGCUUCCUUCACUUGCAUCAACACCACUUUGGACCUCACUGAGAAUUAAAUGCAAUCCUUUUAGGGGCUUUUAUCAGCUGUAUUUAUCAUGGAUUAACAAGGGAACAGACCUCAUCUGAUCACAAUCAUACUUUUUAGCCUGCAGUAGGCAUUUGGUAAUGUCCAUUGGUUCUAGACUUCAAGGUUUACAGCAAAAGUAUUCAAAUUAAUCCUUAUUUUUAAAUUUGUCUUAUUCAAUUACUUUUGAGCCUCUGAAAUUGGGGACUUUGUAUAAAAAUGUGUGCGAAACGGUUAAUGCAAUACUUUUGUUAAAACCCUUUGAAGUCUGCACUUGAGUCACAUCUUCAAUGCUUGAUUUAAAAUCUUCUGUGGUGGUGUGCAGCUCUGUAACUGUGCUAUCGUCCAAAUAUUUGAGGUUUUAGAGACCAGAGAAAAAAAUAUUUCAAUUUGAUUUCUGUAUGAACUUCCUCUUUAAUAUGACGACAUACGUCAGAUCAUCAUGAAUCAACCACUAGCUUUAAAUGUAAAGUCUUUUGUAUGGUAUUUUCAGCGUACACUCUGAAUCGUUGAGAAUGAUUUAGCUCGAUGUAUUGAAAACACUUUAGUGCUGUUCAGUCAACACCAAUGUAAGAUAACAGUGAAACAGGAUGCAGCAGCAAAAGGUAGCAUGCCUUACAUUUAAAAAAAACUUAACUUUGUUAGUUGCUUCUGUUAGCUAGUUACACUUGGCAGUUACUCUUUAAUAUUUAGUAAAUAGAUUUUAAUUUUGUCAUGCGUAACUAGGAAGAGCUUGAAGGGACAGGCAGCUGGUUCAAUCUUUUGCCUUCCUGGGUCUAUGAAAACACCUGAUUGUUACAUUUAACAGGGACAGUGCAUUUUAAUGGACAAUGUAAAAAACAUAAGAUAAAAAAAUCCCAAAUUUGGGCAAAAAACACUAAAAGUGGUUAACUUACAUAACAAAGGCUCAAGUCUUAUAGACAUGCUUACUUCUUUUGUGCCUAUAGAUAUUACUGAUAUUCAACAUUAAAGAAAAAAUACUGCUUUUGUGGCCUAUUCAAUGUAGAAAGCACCUAAGAAGCAUCUAAAUAUCUCUGUGAAACCAGCUGCAGAGUAAAGUUCAGCUAAUUGAACUGAAAUCAGCCAAUAAGUCACAUCUGAACUAUUCAUAAUAAUGUCAGUAUAUAUAUAUAUAUAUAUAUAUAUAUAUAUAUUAAAACAAACCCAUUUGGCUGAUUGUUAAUUACUAGGAUUACAUUAUUUACUGAGAGAUGUUGUGGGUAAAGUUGAGUCGAUCAAUCAACUAAUCUCAUACCACCAGCAUUUUUUAAUGGCUUUUAUUGACUGAUAACGACAAAAGGCAACCAAAUGUGUCCAGUUGUCAUAUAAUUUAUUUCCAUCUGUCCUGUAACAGCAUACAUUCCAUGUUUAUGAUACAAAAACUGUAAUUUUGUCUCUUUUUCUUAUUUUUAUUUCUUUUUUUUUCAGCAUAUCCAAAACAUUUCAACGUACACUGAUGUGUAAAUCAGAUUCAAUGUUUCUUUGUGCAUUUAAACCUCCUCUACCUCUCACUGUCUUUCCAAUAACUGUGUUUGAAAGAUUAUUACCAUUAGAAAGAAGAAAGUGUUCGAUGUGUUGUUAACAUCAUUUCCUUCAUGUUUGUUAAAUCUGUUGGAGGGAACAACUCGAGUCCUGAUUCUCACAAGGGGAAUGUACAGUAUGUUUAAGCCCUUGUAGCUUGUUUCCUUUCAUUUGUUUAAACAAUUUAGUAAUAAAACAUUAAAAUAAAAUUUAAAAAAUC